AUGUGCCUAGCACACGUUCUCCGAUGCAGCAUCUGGGAGCCCAUGUUCCCACUGCAGGCCUAUCAGUCAGGAGACAUCCUUAUCAGCAGCAUCGCUUUUCAUGGUUUCUUCAUCUCCAGUUCAAUAACUUUCACCGGAGAACCCCCACCAGACUCAUUCAAAGAAUUCAACAUGGUCCCCAAGAAUUACCAGCAUCUCCUGGCCUUGGCAUUUGCAGUACAAGAGAUCAAUGAGAGCCCUCACAUACUGCCCAACCAAACUUUGGGCUUCCGUGUCUAUGACAGCUACAACAAUGCAAAGAGAACCUGCCAGGCCACCCUGCGACUUCUGUCAAUAAAGGAGAGAUUGGUUCCCAACUAUGCAUGUGGAAUCCACAAUAAUCUAAUAGCAGUCAUUGGGGCAUUGGACUCACACGUUUCUCUCAAUAUGGCAAAUAUCUUAGAUAUCUACAAGAUUCCACAGCUCAUUUAUGGUGUGGCUCCAGUUAUGAAUGAUAAGACACCAGGACUUCCCUUCUAUCAAAUGGUUCCUCAUGAAACUCUGCAAUAUAAGGGAAUUCUGUCUUUGCUCCAACAUUUCAGCUGGACAUGGAUUGGGCUAGUUUUUACUGACAAUGAUGACGGAGAAAGAUUCUUGCAAACUGUGUUCCCAAUGUUUUCCAAAGGAGGUGUCUGUUUUGCCUUCAUGGAAAGACUGCCUCCAUACACAUACAUUAUUAAACUUAAUGCCAUUUUAGAAAAGGGGGCAAAAAUAUAUGAUAAACUGGUGGACAGCAAAACCAAUGUAGUGGUGGCCCAUGGAGAGUCAUAUUCCUUUGCAAUAUUUAGAUGGCUGCCAUAUCUAGCUGAAGUAGAGAACAGGGCAAGAAAACUAAAAGGCAAAGUAUGGAUAAUCUCAGCCCACAUGGAGAUCAAUGCAUUUGUCUAUCAAAGGAAUUGGGAGACAAAAAUAUUCCAUGGCACCCUGUCCUUGAGGAUUCGCUCCAAUGACCUACCAGGAUUCAAAUUGUUUGAGGAGAGCAGAAUUCCACUCAGUACAAAAGGAGAUGAUUUUCUCAUGAUCUUUUGGCAACAAGCUUUUGGCUGUCUUUUCCCAAGUACAGUAGCAGGGGAUGUGGAAGAAGAGAUCUGCACUGGGAGGGAAAGACUGGAGAGCCUUCCUGGAUCUUUCUUUGAGAUGAGUAUGACUGGCCACAGCUACAGUAUCUACAAUGCAGUCUAUGCUGUGGCCCACGCUUUGCAUGCCAGGUCCGCAUCUGAAGUCAAACACAGGGCAAUCAUGGAGAUUAAAGGACAGAAGUUUAGGAAUGAAGAGCCAUGGCGGCUCUAUCAGUUUCUCAGAGGUGUCUCCUUUAAUAACAGUGCUCAUAACAAGGUUUCCUUCAAUGAGAAAGGAGAGGUGGUGGCUGGAUUUGAUGUUAUCAACUAUAAGUUUUUUUCCAAUGAAUCCUUUCUCCCUGUGAAAGUUGGAAAGAUUGAUCUUCAGGCUUCUGGGACAACCUUCGCCAUUGAUGAAGAUGCCAUUUCAUGGAACCAUUGGUUUAAUCAGACACAACCAAUCUCUAUAUGCACUGAGAGUUGCCAUCCAGGCUUUAGCAAGAAAGUGAAGGAGGGGGAGCCAUAUUGCUGCUAUGAUUGCAUCCCAUGUCCAGCCGGGAAGAUCUCAAGCCAGGAGGAUAUGAACGAUUGCAAUGCAUGCUCAGAUACAGAGCACCCAAACAAGAAUCGGGAUUUCUGUCUUCCAAAGACCAUAACCUUCUUAUCCUAUGAAGAAACUUUGGGACUCAGUUUGGCUAUACUUGCCCUUGCCUUUUCUUUCAUCACAUCUCUGGUGCUGGCUGUGUUCAUGAAGAACCACCAGACUCCAAUAGUCAAAGUCAACAACCAGAAGCUCACCUACACUCUGCUCAGCUCCCUCCUCCUCUGCUUCCUUUGUGCUUUGCUAUUCAUUGGUGAGCCUCAGGAGGUCACCUGCCUCCUCCGUCAAACUGCCUUUGCCAUCAUCUUCUCAGUGGCUGUUUCUUCUGUACUGGCAAAAACCCUCUUGGUUGUUCUGGCUUUCAUGGCUAUUCAGCCAGGAUCCAGGAUGAGGAAAUGGUUGGGAAAGGAGGAGGCUGGUGUCCUUGUUCUUUCCUGCUCCCUCAUCCAAGCAGGCAUCUGUAGUCUGUGGUUGGGAACUUCACCUCCUUUCCCAGAUGUCGACAUGUUUUCCAUGGCUGAAGAAACCAUACUGGAAUGUAAUGAGGGCUCAGUGAUAAUGUUUUACUGUGCAUUGGGAUACAUGGGCCUUCUCGCAAGCGUCAGUUUCACUGUGGCCUUCCUGUCCAGGAAGCUGCCUGGCAGUUUCAAUGAAGCCAAGUUCAUCACCUUCAGCAUGCUGGUCUUUUGCAGUGUUUGGCUCUCCUUUGUGCCUUCUUACCUCAGCACCAAGGGGAAAUCCAUGGUGGCUGUGGAGAUCUUUUCCAUCUUGGCUUCCACCGCAGGAUUGCUGGCUUUCAUCUUCUUCCCCAAAUGCUACAUUAUUGUGCUGAGACCUGAACUGAACAACAGAGAACUGCUCAUUAGAAGGAAGUACUGA